CAGGAGCCUUUUGAAGAUGGCUAUGCAAAUGGAGAGGAAGGCACGCCAGCUGGGGAAGCAGCUGCCACUUACACACCUGAUAGCAAAGGGGUGGUCAAGUUUGGCUGGAUAAAAGGAGUAUUGGUACGAUGUAUGUUAAAUAUUUGGGGUGUGAUGCUCUUCAUCAGACUGUCAUGGAUUGUAGGACAAGCUGGGAUAGGUCUGUCUGUCUUGGUUAUUGGAAUGGCCACUGUUGUGACAACUAUUACAGGACUGUCUACUUCAGCAAUAGCCACAAAUGGGUUUGUAAGAGGAGGAGGUGCAUAUUACUUAAUUUCCAGGAGCCUGGGGCCAGAGUUUGGUGGUGCCAUAGGACUGAUUUUUGCAUUUGCCAAUGCUGUUGCUGUAGCAAUGUAUGUUGUUGGCUUUGCAGAGACGGUUGUGGAACUGCUCAAGGAAAAUGGCAUGUUGAUGGUUGAUGAAAUUAAUGAUAUCAGAAUCAUAGGAGCUAUCACAGUGGUAAUAUUGCUGGGUAUUUCUGUUGCUGGAAUGGAGUGGGAAGCAAAAGCACAGAUAGUCUUACUGGUGAUCCUUAUACUUGCUAUUGGAAACUUUGUCAUAGGAACAUUUAUUCCUUUGGAUAGCAAGAGGCCUAAAGGUUUCUUUGGCUAUAAAGCUGAAAUAUUUACGGAGAAUUUUGGACCAGAUUUCCGACACGACGAAACUUUCUUUUCUGUAUUUGCUAUUUUCUUCCCUGCUGCAACUGGCAUACUUGCUGGUGCAAAUAUCUCAGGUGAUCUUGCGGAUCCUCAGUCAGCCAUACCUAAAGGAACGCUGUUGGCCAUCUUAAUCACUACAUUGGUUUACGUAGGAAUUGCAGUGUCUGUAGGUUCCUGUGUUGUUCGAGACGCCACAGGAAACAUUAACAACACCAUUGUCACUGAGCUGACAAAUUGCACUACUGCAGCUUGCAAAUUAAACUAUGAUUUCUCAUCCUGUCAAACAGAGUGUCAGUAUGGGCUGAUGAACAACUUCCAG